UAUCAAGUCCUCUUCCCAUUCCUGUUCUGUUUUUGAGCUUGUUCUGAUCCAUAUUAAAUAUUUAUAGUUUUAACAUUUCUUCUAAACAAGGUUGCCUACAACCUGUUUGAUAAAAUUCCCCAAAGAUAAUUUGUCUUACAGUCAGAUGCUGGGAACAGAGCCUCUGCCUACCUUGAGCAGAGCAAUCUACAUAAUCCAACAAAUUGAAACACAGAGGAAUGUCACUCGCAAUAUUCCAGAAUCAGGAGCCUUCUUUGCCAAUGAUGAAGGUGGUAGAAUGUCAUCACUCAAAGACAGGAGGGAGGAUAAAAGGUUCAAGACAGGUGACCAGAAAUAUUGCAAACACUGUAAAAGUGAAGGACACCUCUAUGAGCAAUGUUUUGAAAGGAUAGGCUACCCUGACUGGUACAAAGGAAAGAAGAAUAAGAAAUUUGGAAACACAAAAUUGGCAACUCAUGUCAAUUUAAGUGAAAGGAUGGAGGAAUCAUCUCUGGAAUCUCCAUUUGAACUCAAUGGGAAUCAGAAUCACAAGCAACAGAUAGAUCAGGAGUUGGUUUCUGUCAUUUGCCAAGAAGUGAUGAGGAUGUUUAAAGGAAAAACUGGACAAGGAGAGUUUCAUGAGGCCAACAUGGCUUCCACUAGCUUCUCAGGCCCGGCUGCUUCCCCAAACCUCCUUACUUGUAGAUUACACAGUCGAGCUGAAGUAUAUUCAUUAUCUUCAUGCUCAUGGAAAGUGGUAGAAUGUGGGUUGUUAGUUGGCAUGAGUCUCGACUCUCAAACUGUCACAGCCAACGGAUCGAUGUUUUGGGUUGGAUCCAAAAGACGUGUUAAUGGAUAUGGGGGUACACGUAGUGAUCUAAAGAUAGUUUCUUUUAACAUAGCAACGGAGGUGUUCACGCUCAUACCAAUGCCAUCCCACUCUUUUUCAUUCUAUAGACUUGCAGUUUUCGAGAAGAAACUUUGUAUAAUAGCAGCCCCUUCUUAUUCUCCGCGCUCUGGUUCUAAGAUUCGUUGGUGGGUGAUGGAGGAGGAAAGAUUGAAUUGGAGUAAGAAAUAUAUUAGCUGCCCCCUUUCAUGCCCAUUGUCUCCUUUGGCAGUUUGGAAGAAUGAAAUGGUCUGCUAUCUGGAUGGGUCUCCUAGUGCAACUGAAUCUGCAGGGGUUAAUGAGGAGCCAAGUGCUGCUCUUCUCAAUCUCGCUACCGGUGGAUAUAGGCUUUUUGCUUUGCCUGAAUGUUUUCAUGCUUUUGAUCAUGUGGAGAGCCUUGUACCGGUUAGAGGAAACAAGUAUUCAUGCACUUGUACUUUCUAGUUGAUGCAUGUGGGGAAUGAUGAAACAAAAUUCACUCUUUUCUCUCUGCCAUCUACACUGGCCUGCUCCAUCCACAUCUAGUGAUGUGGGAUAAUGUAAAGGAAGCAUGCUACAUCUGCCCCAAAGAUCUAAUGUAAAGGGAGCAUGCUAAGUCCAAGUGAGGCUUUUACAACUAUUGUACAGUUAUUCUGUACUGUUGUUUUAUUGUGAUCCUAAGAUCUAUAUGUAAAACGUUGACUAUCUCAUAUAUUUUCAUGGGCUCAUAAUUAUAUCAUUUUAUUUUUACAAGGCACAAUAAAUAUAAUUCUUUUAU